CGUGGUCAAUUAGAUUGAAUUUUUGAAACUUAAAAAUUCAUAAUGUAUGUAUUUAGAUUAAUUAUGGAAUGCAGCAAGAGAUCGAUCCAUGUAGUGAUAAUUAUUUAAUUGCUUAUAUGAAUCGUCCUGAUGUUCAAAAGGCUCUUCAUGCCAAUGUCACCAAAAUUAAGCAUAAUUGGCAACCAUGCAGUGAAGUCAUAGAAAGUUGGAAAGAUAGUCCAUUAUCAAUAAUUCCUGUUAUCAAAAAAGUUAUGGCUAAUGGAAUAAGAGUAUGGAUAUUCAGCGGGGACACUGAUGGAAUAGUACCAGUAACUUCUACUAAAAAAUCUAUUAAGAAGAUGAAGCUUCGCGUUGAAACGCCAUGGUAUCCCUGGUUCCACAAGGAUUAUGAGGUUGGUGGAUACGCACAAGUAUAUAGAGGAAAUUUGACAUUUGCAACAGUGAGAGGAGCAGGACAUCAAGUGCCAAGUUAUGAGCCUGCUAGAGCUUUUACACUGGCUAAGCACUUCCUUGCAGGAACACAACUCCCUAAUUCUACAACACAUAAAAUAAUAUACAUUACUCAAAACAUUCCAAUGCAAAGAAAAUAAGUUACAUAUUUGGUGGUCA